AUGGAGUUCAUGAAAGCCUACGUAGUUACUGGAGUAUCGUUCAUCCCAGAUGUUGGCCCAGCCAUCAGUGGUAUCAUCGAUGCGGUCUGGUCGGGCUAUUUGGAGAACACCCAGAGCAAUGACUUCAACGAGGAUUGGUACCUGGCCGGCAUCCGUGAGGUAGUUGGCGACGAGCUGAUCAAGUAUGACAUUAACAAGACGCUCGACACGCUCAAAGGUAUUGCCAAGCUCACCAAGGACUACCACAAAUAUGUCAAUGCUUCAAAGUACAACAACACCGACAGCAUUCGUGAGCAGGUCAAGUUCUACUACAAUUCACUCAGCAGUGGUCUGCGUGACCAUCUGAACGGAGACUUUGCACGCGAAGGCUUCGAACUUGGUGAACUGCCCAGCUAUGCCAUCGCCGCCACCGUCUACUUCAUGCUUGGGGUGGAGUUCAACAGGCAUGCAUCUGAAUGGGGAUUUGACGAGAACGUCGUCCGCAUCGAGAACGAAAUGUCAUUGGAGGCAAGGAUCAAUUGCACCAACCACUGUCGCACUACCUUUGAGAACACGCUCGCCAAGAUUGCCAAUGCCGUGGACAUUGGUGAACCAAUCUUUGGAAGGAACCAGUUCGAGAAGAUGCUGGCGCUGCGCCGUAUAUUGAUCCCGGCAGUGUUGACUAUGUCGGCAUGUGGUGGCAGAUGGACUCAAUCAUGUUCCCCAUGGGUUCAUAUGCUGAGAAGGUGCGCAAGGUGUGGGCACCAACCAUUGGCUAUGCCCGAGACCCUGACGUAG